AUGGGAACCAAUGGGAAGCCGUCCUUUGGGACCUUUGACCCCUCUCUCUGUGGGCUCUGUGGACCAGUUGAUAAUUCUCUAAACAGCACAGUCCCUGCUCACCGCCUGCCUGCUGGUGUAUUUAUAGAGGCGUCUGCUGUCAGUGUUUGUGUGAGGGAGUGGGGGAGAUUGGUCGGACCCCGUGUGACUCUAUUUCUGACCCUAUUGCUACAUGCCCCUCACAGUCUGUGCAGCCGCGUGUCUGUAUGUGGGACAGAAGGCUUCCAAUUUGGCCACAGGAUUCACAUCAACAAAUCUGGAAUUACUGAAAUUUGGACCUUGAAGAUAAAAGAGGAGAAGACCCCAGUGCCCACUGCAGUCGCACCAGCGCCUCUGUCAGCAGUACCAGGGGGCUUCCUCAAACAGUUGGUCAGAGACUCAGAGAAGGAGACCAAACUUAAGGAACCUGAGCUCAAAACAGAUGAUAAGGCACCCAGUAAACUAAGUAACAACCUUGUACAACAGUUCCUCACCCCAGACCAGACUCCUCCAAUCCUAGAGGCUGAGAUGUCCCUUAAAGCAGACCAACUGUUAGAAAAUAAGCAACGGAGCAAUUCGGCACAAUCGGAACACAAAUCUCCGUCUCCAAGGCAACUAAUCACUCCCGACAAUUUACAGGUUAUAAGGCAAGAGGUAAUUUCACCACAGUCCAAACAAAAGCAGGAUGUUGUGCCAGAAGUGAAGAAAGUGAACAAGGAGGCAGAGGAGAAGAAGAGGAAGAAAGAGGAGGUGACACAGGUGGAGAUGAAAGUGGGAAGGAUUGAGACAAGGCAGGAGCCAGAGGGGCAGCAGGCAGACAGCACCAUUGUGGAGCACGAGAGAAAAGAGGUUAGAGAUGUGUGGUAUGAAGCUGGGACCAUUUGGUAUGUCCACAAAGAUGGAUACAGUCUUGCCACUCAACUGAAGCCAGAUGAAGGCACCCCUGAUCUCCCUGAUGGUAAAGUGAGGGUGCGCCUGCAUAGCGAUGGCACAUUGCAUGACGUCUCUGAGUUUGACAUACAGAAGUGCAACCCAAAAGAGCUGGAUCUCUGUGAAGAUUUGAGUAACCUCCAGAGUGUGAAUGAAUGUGGUGUCCUACACACCCUCAUCAGCAGAGCUAAAGCCAACAUGCCCCUCACUCAUGCUGGACCCAACCUGGUCAACUUCUGGCCCCCACUGCAAGCCAGCAGUAAGACCCCAAAGUCACGGCGUGGAGAGUCUGUAUGGGAUGCCCCUCCUGCUCUGGACACUCUGGUCAAACAGGUGUAUGUGUCCAUGGUGGGCACCAGGAGGGACCACAGUGUGUGUGCACUGGGUCGCAGUGGGACAGGCAAGACCACUGCCUGUCAGGCCUUUACUCUUGCGCUGCUCAAGCAAGCAGGGACAGCUGGGAACAACAUAAGCUAUGAUCGAGCGAAGGCUAUGUUCACUGUUCUAAGGUCUUUUGGCUGUGUUGCGUCUCCUCACAGCGAUGCAUCAACGCGAUUUGCAAUGGUGUUCUCAUUGGACUUCAACCAUGCAGGCCAGGCUGCUGCAGGACAUCUCCAGACUAUGAUGCUCGACAAAUGGAAAGUGUGUCAAAAAACGCCAGGAGAAAGUAACUUCCUGGUCUUUGCCCAGAUGCUUGCAGGACUGAGUUCAGAGAUGAGAACAGAGUUGCAGCUCCAUCAGUUUCCUGAGACCAACUCCUUUGGUAUUGUCUACCCCACCAAGGUUGAAGAGAAGCAGCGUGCAUCAGUUGCCUUUACUAAGCUGCUAAGUGCCAUGGAAACACUGGGCUUCUCUGUCAAUGAACAGAAGGCAAUAUGGCAUGUGCUGGCUGGUAUUUACCAUCUGGGAGCUGCUGGGGCCAGCAAAGUGGGAAGGAGGCAGUUUGGUAAUUUUGACAGUUCACAGGUGGCCAGCAGUGUGUUGGGCUGUGAGGGGGACGAUUUGCACACUGCUGUGUUCAAACAUCAUCUCAGACAAAUCCUACAAAGAGCCACUGGGAGCGCUAGAGAGAAGUGUUUGCCUGUCGAAUCAGAUGAAGGGCCUCGACUGACAGCAACUCAGUGCCUCGAUGGAAUGGCUGCUGGUCUCUAUGAAGAACUUUUCACUGCUCUAGUUUCUCUCAUAAACAGGGCCCUGUGCAGUCAGCAGCUGACGUUGGCCUCCGUGAUGAUCACAGAUACACCGGGGAUCCGGAAUCCCCGACACUGCGGGGAGGAGCGCGGCGCCACCUGGUCUGAACUCUGUCACAACUACCUCCAGGAGCGACUUCUGGAGCACUACCACACGCACACCUUCAAACACACGUUGGAGAGAUAUGAGCAGGAGAGCAUCCCUGUUCAGUUUGAGUGUCCAGAGAACAGUCCAUCUGAGCUGGUGUCAGCCAUUGAUCAACCUCCUCCACAGAUCCGAGCAGCAGAUGGAGACCCCCGAGGCCUCUUGUGGGUACUGGAUGAGGAGAUGGUGACACCAGCCUCCAAUGAGAGCAGUGCCCUGGAGAGAGUCUGCCAAUACUACAGCAGCACUGUACGUCAGUGUGAGCAACCACUUCAAUGUGAGCUUAACCACUUAAUGUCCGGUGACCCGAUCCGCUACGACAUGACCGGUUGGUUUGGGCUCAUCCAGAACAACCUCUCUGCCUCCAACGCCAUCUGCCUGCUCCAGAACUCCACCAUAGCCCCAGUAAAGGCCCUGUUCACCCCAAAGAUCUCCUUGCCUCCUUUGUGCCGUGGUCUGGGUGGGCUUGAGGGAAGCAGCCAACGCUCUCUGCAGAGAAAUGGCACCAUCAGAAAAACCUUCAGUGGAGGAAUGGCAGCCAUACGCAGACUCUCGCAGUGCAUUGCAGUGAAAUUGCAGGCUGAUGCUCUGGUGAAUGUCAUCCGUAGAGCCAGACCAGUGUUUCUUCAGUGUGUAAGCGCCAAGUCUGAUGGAGGUUUUGAUGUCCCUGCACUUAGGGUCCAGCUCCACUCAACUCAGAUACUAUCAGCACUGCAGUUGUACCGGACUGGUUAUCCUGAUCACAUGACUCUUAGUGACUUCAGGUGUCAUUUUCAGGCUUUGUCUCCUCCAAUUAUGAAACGCUACUCUUCAAUGUUUGUUAUGCAUGAUGAGAGAAAGGCAGUGGAGGAGUUGCUGGUUGAGUUGGAUUUAGACAGAAAAAGUGUUGUUUUGGGGGCCAGUAGGGUGUUCAUGAGGCGAGGUGUGUUGCGAUACCUGGAGCAGCAGCGGGAUCAGCAGGUCACUGGUUGGCUGGUGCAUCUACAGGCUGCAUGUUUGGGACAUCUAGCUCGUCAGAGAUACAGGAAGCUCAAAGUGCAGCAGAUGGCAGUGAGCUGUCUGCAAAGGAACCUAAGGGCACUGAGGACGGUGUCUACGUGGAGCUGGUGGAAACUGUUCUGUCGUGUCCGUCCUUUACUGGAUGUCAACAUGGACAAUGAAAGACUUAGGGCCAAAGAGGACGAGAUUUCAGCUCUUAGACGGCGUCUUGAGAAAUCAGAGAAAGAAAGAAAUGAACUAAGGCAGAGCACCUACAGCCUGGAAACAAAGGUCACAGCUGUGACAUCCGAGCUAAGCGACGAGCGUUUCCGUGGAGAUGCAGUGGGUCAAGCUUUGGAUGUGGAACGGGCCGAGAGACUGCGGCUCAGCCGGGAAAACAAGGAUCUACAGCUUCGUCUAGAGCAGUGCAAAGUCACCAUGGAAACACUGGAGAAGCAGCUUGAGGAGGAGACACAGAAAUCUACCAUCGCACAGAGUCAGAGAGGCGCAGGGACAGAGAGUGAGCUGACCAUGCAGCUGGAGUGCUGCCAAACAGAGGUGGAAUUUCUACGCAGACGACUGAAGCAGACUGAGGAAAAACUGGAGACAGAGAAACAAACACGUCAACAGCUUGAUGCCAAGGUGGCUGCUUUACAGGCUCAGUUGGAACAGUCCAGAAAGAGUGUAACAGAGCUGAAACGUCACUGCCGCCGUGUGACCUCUGACCUUCAAGAUGCAAGGGUCCUCACUGACAGCUUGCAGAGUCGCAUGCACGAGCUGGAGCGCAAACAGAAGAAGUUUGACAAUGAGUUGACUCAAGCUUUAGAAGAAGCUGAAAAUGAGCGAGAGCAAAAGGACAAAGCUUUUCAUGAAAACACUGCUCUAGAGGCAGAAAUAUAUACACUGCGGCGCAACCUACAAGAGACCCAGACAGAGGUGGGCCGUCUGCAGAAACAGAAGGAUGAAUUGUGUGCUCAGAUCCGAGACCUCAGUCUGCCUGUGGACCUUGCCUCUGAGUCACUGCCUGACCUCAAAAAGCAGCUGCGCCUGCUGGAGAGCCAGGCGGGUGAGCAAGCAGAGGAAAUCACCAAACUAACUGCUAAACUCCAACAACAGCAACAGAUACACAUGCGUUUUGAAAUGGAGAUGGAGCGCAUGAAGCAGAUCCAUCAAAAGGAGCUGGAGGAUAAGGAAGAGGAGCUGGAGGAUGUCCACAAGUCCUCUCAGAGACGGCUCAGACAGUUAGAGAUGCAGUUGGAACAGGAGUAUGAGGAGAAACAGAUGGUGAUUCACGAGAAGCAUGACUUGGAGGGACUUAUUGCAACACUAUGCGAUCAGGUGGGUCACAGAGACUUUGAUGUGGAGAAGAAGCUGAGGAGGGAUUUGAAGCGGACCCAUGCUCUACUGGCAGAUGCCCAGCUGUUGAUUGCCACCAUCAACAACACAGAAGACAAUAAGCCGAGUGGCAACAAGGACCAGAUUGAGCGCCUUCACUGUCAGUUUGAGGAGAGUGAAGCACGACGACUGGAGCUUGAGAACAUCCAGACGACUCUCGCCCAGGAGCUGGAGAACACACAGAUCGAGCUAGAAACCAUCUGCAAACAGAAGAGUGUGGUGGAUGAACAGUUGGCCUUGCUUCAACAUGACAAAGUGGACUUGCUUAAGAGACUUGAAGAGGACCAAGAAGAUCUGAAUGAACUUAUGAAGAAGCACAAAGCUCUCAUUGCACAGUCCUCUAGUGACAUUGCUCAGAUUAGAGAGCUGCAGGCUGAACUUGAGGAAGUGAAGAAACAGAGACAGUCCCUCCAGGAAGAGCUUCAGCAAAGUGUAUCUAGGGUGCAGUUUCUUGAGUCGUCCACUGUGGGGCGCAGCAUUGUCAGUAAACAAGAGGCACGGGUAUGUGACCUGGAAAACAAACUGGAGUUUCAGAGAGGACAAGUCAAGCGGUUUGAGGUGCUGGUGCUGCGCCUCAGGGACAGUGUGGUGCGUUUGGGGGAGGAGCUUGAGCAGAGCGCCCAGGCUGAAGCACGGGAGAGAGAGAAUGCCCGUUACUACCAACAGCGUCUGCAGGACAUGAGACUGGAGAUGGAGGAUCUGAUCCAGAGAGAGCAGGAUAGCAGCCGCAAGCGCAUGGAACUGGAAAUGCAGGUGGAGGAGCUGAACGCGGUGCGACAGGCAUUACAGGCUGAUCUGGAGACAUCUAUCAAGCGUAUCGUAGAUCUGCAGGCUGCCCUGGAGGAGGUGGAGUCCAGUGAUGAGAGUGAUACAGAGAGUGUUAAAACUGCUGUGGAGUCUUUGACAAGAAAGAAAGAUCUUGACUCAAUCUCUAGUGUUGGCUCCGUUGGACCAGAGGAUGUGGGAGAGGGCAUUCGUCACUGGCUGGGUGUACCUAGAGCCCGAUCUCAAGGAGGUAGCUCUUUUUAUGACACUGGUAGUACCAUGAGUGGACAUGGGGGGCGCCAGUCUGUAGCGGACACUGCUAGUACCUACAGUUUCCGCUCCUGUGUGGAUCUUGAUGAUGAGGGCUCUGAGGCAAGGCCAGGUAGUCUCAAUCUCAGUCGAGCUCCAUCUUCCUCUGCUCUAUCUGAGCUUUUGGAUGGUCUUCGUAAACGUAGGGGCACAACUGACACCAGCGAUGGGGCUGGCAGCACCGCAUCUCUGCCUAUAUACCAAACAACCGCUGCAUCCACUCUGAGACGCAGAGCGUCUGCUCUAUCCCUCAGUCCUGAAGAUGCACAGGAGCCCCGGCCAGGCCCCAGCAUCCUGAAGUCCUCCUCUCCCCUGCUGCCACGAGCUGCUAGUUCGCAGUCGAUUGGUGAAAUGACUUCUGGAACAAAACGAUUCAGCUCCAGUGAUUCAGUCUCUUCUCUUCCCUCACUGCCUCGUCUUUCCUCUUUGGCAUCUUCUCUAGCAGCUCACCACCUUUCUCCAUCUCUGUCUAUCCCAGAGGAGGAGGAGCCUCUGCGGUCUGUCUCUUCAGCCCAGCGCUCCCCACAGCCUCUCAGGCGUUGCAUGCUGGGAAGUCUGGUCACAGAAGAUGGUGGUGAGCACCCGCUCGGCUCAGAACCUUUGGUGUUUCAAAAUCGCAGGUUGGCUGGUGACAGAGGGGAUGAUGCAGCCUCAGAUAUCCUGCCUGCCAUCAGAAGAGCCCAGUCCACCAGCAGUCUGGUCAGUUCAGUGAGAGGGGGGCGCAGGGCACUGAGUGUACACUUUGGGGAGUUGCCUCCAUCCAUUCGCAGCAGGAGGUCCUCAGACACUGAGUCUUCCAGUUCAGGCGGGUCCGCGGGGAGUUCACAGGGCAGCAGGCCCAGACGGAGGUUUGACAGGCCUCAGGGGGAGAGACUUGAAGCGGAAGGCAGUGAGGGAGAAGAUGUGGCUUCAGUCAUGAAAAAAUACCUCAAGAAGGAGGCAGACUGAACAGCCUGUACAAGAACCCAUACCCAGUUGUGUACACUUUACAAAACCUCACAAAGUCCACCUGCUGCAGUCGAGGCUCAAAGAAGUCCUUUGAACGUCAAGGGUCUAUUUUUGAGAAUACAUGUUAAUAAAGAUAUUGAUAAGUUUGUACAUGAAUAAAAUGCAAAAAUAAUUUGA